CAAAUAGAUUAUUUAAGCUUGCAACGAAACUUUUUUUUUUAAAUCAUUUAUCAUUUUAAGUCGUUAAUCAUUGAUAUUUUUUGACUUUGAAAUUAUAUUUACCCCAUUUUUAGUCAUGAUCUCCACCAGCGAGCCUUUAGAGAUCGCAGGCAGUGAGCUGGUCCACAUUCUCCGGACCCCCAGGGAUCAGUACACCUCUGCCGGGUGCGUGGUGCUGGACUGCAGACCCUUCCUCGACUUCUCCCUGGCGCACAUUUCCGAGUCCCGCAACGUGAACUGGAACUCGAUGCUGCGCCGCAGGUCCAAAGGCUCCGUGGUGGCUCUGGAGUGGCUCAUCCCGGACAAGGCGUUCCUGUCCCGGCUGCGGAGCGGGGAGUUCUCCCCGGUGGUGGUGGUGGACGACCGGAGCGGCUCCGUGGCCGAGCUGAAGGCGGAGAGCGUGGCCCAGAUGCUGCUCACGGCCCUGCAGAACGAAGCUCAGACGCACAUCUGUUUUCUGCAAGGUGGAUUUGAGGGAUUUUCAGAGGCCUAUCCAGAGCUUUGUUACAGCUCCGCCAGCAAUCACCUCUCUGCUGUGGAGCCAGAGCCAGCAGUGACAGGCCGCAGCACACCAGCCUACGAUCAGGAUGGCCCGGUGGAGCUGUUGCCCUUCCUGUUUUUGGGGAGUGCCAUCCACUCGUCCCGCCGAGAGGCCCUGGCAGCAGCAGGCAUCACAGCUGUGCUCAACGUGUCCUCCACCUGUCCCAACUUUUACGAAGGCGAGCUUCAGUAUCUUCGACUCACUGUGGAGGAUACUCUGGCCGCUGACAUCAAGGCAUGCUUUUCCACAGCUAUAGCCUUCAUAGACUCAGUGAAGCAGAGCGGCGGCCGGGUGCUGGUGCAUUGUCAGGCAGGUAUCUCCCGCUCAGCCACCAUCUGUCUGGCCUACCUCAUGCACACGCAGCGCGUUCGGCUGGAGGAGGCCUUCGACUUUGUCAAGCAGCGACGCCACGUCAUCUCCCCCAAUCUGGCCUUCAUGGGACAGCUGCUGCAGUUUGAGACUGACGUCCUCUGUCAGGGAUGAAGAUCCAGAUGCAGUGAGGACAUUUGUGUGACUCGAUGGCAUUUCUUUGGGAUUCCAGCAUUAUCAGUAUGCAAGACAUGUGUAUUACUGUUCUGUAUGUACUAUUUAAACUAGUACAUCUAUGACGCGUGCUCUGUGCAUUCAGAGAAAAAGCCGCUUGUGUUGCUGGCGUCACAUGGCUGGAUUCCUGCUGACAAAUGAGUUCCUGAUUCAACAAACAGCAGCUGGCAGUGAAACCCCACUUUAAUAACCACAUUAUGAACUGUGAUUCUGAGCCAGCAAGUCGGAGCAGCCACCAGGUUGUUGCUUUCCCCGCUGUUUUGUGCUCGAAGGCAGUUGUGCCUGCUGGUCUGGUUUUGACUUAUGUGCCUGAUCAUUUGUAAGGGCUGCCCUGCUUUAAUACAAGAGUCACUCCUCAAUACAGAUAACUGAAGUGUGAAGUCAUUCCACAACAGUGAGUUAACUAGUCACAGCAAUAACACAUGAAUCUCACCUUUUCGUCUAUAAAAUACACUAAGAUACAAGCUGAUGCCUGGUCGCUUUAGUUAAGUUAAAGAGGAGGAAUUUGUUUUCUCAAUGUAAAUAGGAUUUGUCUUUUGUAUUUAUUAUUUGUUAUGAAAGUAUUACCAAUGUUCAUUUCGGUGACUGCACUUUAUACCUCUCAAGUUUGGACUUGUUCCUACUAUUGUGGGCUUUUUUUUUCCACAGAAAUAAAGAAACAAACAAACA